UCCUCCCUUCCGCCAUAUUGGCCGGCUUCACAUGGAAGUUUAGGGAAACUUUCAAAGUUUUUGUUUAACCUUAGAGAGUGAAAAAAUAAUUUAAGUGACAAAAUGGCAGGUAGAAUGCCUGCAGUGGUUAUAGACAAUGGCACUGGGUAUACAAAGAUGGGUUAUGCUGGGAAUACAGAACCCCAGUUUAUCAUUCCAUCUUGUAUUGCCAUUAAAGAGACGGCCAAUGUUGGUGACCAAGCCAUAAGGAGGCUAGGAAAGGGGGUGGAGGAUCUUGAUUUCUUUAUUGGAGACGAGGCUUUGGAAACACCAGCAUACUCUGUCAAAUGGCCAAUAAGACAUGGUAUAGUAGAAGACUGGGACCUAAUGGAGAGGUUUUGGGAACAAGCAAUUUUCAAAUAUUUGAGAGCAGAGCCUGAAGAUCAUUACUUUCUAUUAACUGAACCUCCACUCAACACUCCAGAAAAUAGGGAAUAUACUGCUGAAAUCAUGUUUGAAUCUUUCAAUGUCCCAGGCCUGUAUAUAGCAGUUCAGGCUGUGUUAGCACUGGCAGCAUCUUGGACAUCCAGACAAGUAGGUGAUAGGACACUGACAGGCACGGUGGUAGACUCAGGAGAUGGAGUUACUCAUGUCAUACCAGUCGCCGAGGGUUAUGUGAUUGGAAGUUGUAUAAAACAUAUUCCAAUUGCUGGACGUGAUAUCACAUACUUUAUCCAGCAGAUCCUAAGGGAAAGAGAAGUUGGAAUUCCACCAGAGCAAUCUUUAGAAACAGCCAAGGCAAUUAAGGAAAAAUUUAGUUAUGUGUGUCCAGAUAUAGUUAAAGAAUUUAACAAAUAUGACACAGAUCCAGGCAAGUGGCUUAAAAAGUAUGAAGGGGAAAAUGCAAUCAACAAGAGCAAAUUUUCUGUGGAUGUAGGAUAUGAAAGAUUCCUUGGACCAGAAAUUUUCUUCCAUCCUGAAUUUGCCAAUCCAGACUUCACCACUCCAAUCUCAGAAACCGUUGACAAUGUGAUACAGAACUGUCCCAUUGAUGUGAGAAGAGGCCUUUAUAAGAAUAUAGUUCUGUCUGGUGGCUCAACCAUGUUCAGAGAUUUUGGAAGGCGACUACAGAGGGACGUGAAGAGGAUAAGUGAUGCUAGGCUGAAAAUUAGUGAAGAGCUUAGUGGAGGAAGAUUAAAGCCUAAGCCUAUUGAUGUGUCUGUUAUUACCCAUCACAUGCAGCGUUAUGCUGUUUGGUUUGGAGGAAGUAUGUUGGCGUCCACGCCUGAGUUUUACCAAGUAUGUCACACAAAGAGAGACUAUGAUGAGCAUGGUCCAAGUAUUUGCAGGCAUAACCCUGUAUUUGGUACCAUGUCAUAACAAAACUGUGGAGUGCCAAAAGGGAAAGAAAAGACUAACGACAAUUCUAGAAUUGGACAGCAGAUGAUAAUGUCCAGAAAGCAAGAUAAGACACCAGUAAAUCUUCAGUGAUCCCCCAAUGGCAAAAGAUUGGACUAAAUGUGAAAAAAAGCAAACUUCUGCUUCUUGUUGGUUCAUGAAAUUUGGCAUGAUGAAAUUGACUCAAGAAUGCUUUCCCCACAUCAGAGUUAUCUCUCUUUAGUCCGAACAAGAUGUAUGAUUUUUUAUUGAUGUAAAGAUUAAUGUUAUCCACUAAACUGAAAAGUAUGCCAUAUUUUUUACAAAAUACCAAAAAUUAUACAUAAUAGCACCGUUUCUGUGUAUGUACAUAAGAUGCCUCUGUCAGAUUCUUUGAUUUUGAUCAUUGGCAUUUAAAUCUAACCAGUAACGAGGUUUUGAUGAUCACAACUAUGAAUAAUACAGGUGACAGUUUGGUUGUUGCUUUAAUUGAUGAGUCAUUGUGGGAGCACACCAUCAAAAGUAAGUGUAAGCAUUUCUAACUUGGAGUCUGCAAGCAGAACAAUGCUUAAUAAUUCAGGCAAGGAUCAAAUAAGACAUUCAUUUCUAAAGGCUUAGUAAAUAAGGUGAAUGACUGACUGUUAUCUGCCGUGUUUGCUUAUUUUUCCAAUGUUGGUAUGUUAAAGAGUUGGAAGGGGAGUGGGUGAAACUGUUAUGCAUUCAAUUUGCUUCAAGUUGCCUUGGCUCAAAUUUGUUAUGUAAAGAUAAGUAUGAGAUUGUUAUGUUAUUGUAUUGGUAUUGAAGACAAGAAAAGCAACUUGAUUUAUUGAUUUGGAGAUGAAAAGGAUAAUUAAUACAUAGUAUUAGGCAGGAUUCAGAUGCUUCUUAAUAUACUUAGUUUUGCAUUGUUGAUAUAUUUUGAGAGCUGGGAGCUGUUACUUUUAUUAUUAUGAUUAUAAAGUCGAAUUAUUUAAUCUGUAAAAUGAUAUUGAGGUGUAUGUCAAGAUUUCUGAGCCGCCAUUCCUAUGCAUUUUCAAUCCUACCAAAGACUAGGAUAAACAUGUAGGCCAUGAAAUAUCUUUGAAACCCGGUAUAGAUAAAAUGAAGGUGCCCCUUCUUAGUUUAACACACUUUGGGUAUGUAUAAAGUGCAGAUUUCUGUCAUUGGUAAUGUGUAUCAUAUGUUCAUAGAUGGCAUUGGAAUGAAUCCACCUUAAUUUACUGAAAGCAUGCUAGGUUUUUUGAAGAUGGUCUGUUGUUUUAAAUUGGUUCCAUUAACAGAUUGCCUAGCCUGUGAUUUUGGUUAAUAUAGUUAACUUUGUUAUGGUUCAAAGAAAGGUGGGUUUUAAAAUUUUAACCUUUAGAAUAAACAUUUUUGCUGUUUUGAAAAGUAAACAUUUCUAAUUCCUAUAAAGUUUUGACAAACACAUUUAGUCUGAAAGUUUUUAAUGUUUUUGAGGAAAAUGUCUUCCACCCCAUAACAAAUUAUACCAAUUGACUGUUUUAUUUUUGUCUCAUCCAAAUAUCUGUAUAUUUGUGAGCUUUUGCACAGUUCUAUUCGGUUUUCAUUUUUAUUCAUUACUUAACAUAACUUAUGAGGACACUUUCCACUACUUCUCCAUUCUCUUCUGUGGAAAACGCGAAUGACAAAAAUGUGUAUGGUUAAUGGCUUUGAAUUAGCAAAACUAUUUUUAUGUUUAGUAAAUUGACCAAAAUUACUCUUGAUUUACAUAAGAUUGGCAAAGGUAAUUCUGCGUUGACAUGUUUUAGAAGAUGGUCUUAAUUCUAAUUUACAAGUUGGUUGUGUAAAUACGAUUUACUAUGUACAAGGAUAUAUUAUUUCAAAAUAAACUCUCAAGUUUG